AUGGCCUCCUCCAAAAUGAGUAUGAAGCUUCUGGUUGACACAAAAGCCAACAAAGUCCUCUUUGCUGAGGCAGGAAAAGAAUUCGUAGAUUUCCUUUUCACCCUCCUCUCCCUUCCCGUGGCAACCAUCAUCAGGCUUCUCAAUAAGAACAGUAUGGUGGGGUCCCUGGGAAGCCUCUAUGAUAGCUUAGAAAGUCUGAGUGAAGCAUACAUGCAGCCUAACAAAAGCAAGGACCCUCUACUGAAACCAAUCCUCCAAGUCUCAGCUGCUGACUUUCCCCUUUUGUUAACCGAGAAUUUAUCAAUGGCGAAAAAGGUGUACAUGUGUGGAAGCUACCACCGAUUCAUAGCAGAUGAUCCUCGUGCCAUUUGCCCACAGUGCAAGUACACCUUAUCCACGGAGGUGCCUUACGUCGGCCCACCACCUGCUACAUCUGAGUCGUAUCAAAGGGAUGGAGGUUAUGUGAAAGGUAUUGUGACCUAUAUGGUGAAUGAUGAUCUAGCGGUUAAACCCAUGUCCACCAUAUCUGGAAUUGCUUUACUUAGAAACUACAAUGUGAAGGAAGUUGGAGUACUUGAAAAGGUGGUGGAAGUUACAUUGUCGGAGGGUUUAAAGCUGCUUAAGGCAUCUUUACAGACCAAGGAAGUUCUAACAAGCGUCUUCCUUUCUAAAAAGGCAGAUAAUAUAUCUGAUUGCUCCUCCUCAUUUUAA